AUGCAACAAAGCAUUAUUGAGCAGAGUUCUCUUGAGCACAUUGCCAAGUCUGUAAAAAGAGCCCAGCUCACAGAGUACCCUGAUCAGCUCGGAAAAAACGAAGCACAAAAAUACAAUCUGUUGCUUCAGAUUCUUUACGAACAGGACUGGAAGGCACGCUGCAAAGAAGUUUCACAAGGGCAGCCUUUGCCCCCAUCAGUCCCUCUUUCAGACUAUGAUUUGAUAGUAAAAAGACUGUAUCUCAAAACAUUAGACCAUAUGGUAAAGCAUGAUAUCAUUGACAAAGGCUAUCCUGUGGCCUCAAAAGAAUGGAAGAAUAUCCCAGAGAAAAACAGGGAAUAUUAUAUGAUACAUUUGGAGAGGUUGGCAAAGAAUGGUGGAUUGCACAUCCACCAAUGUAAAAGAAUGUGGUGUGCAAGAAGCCUUCUUCGGGAAAGCUUCAAGAGCGACAACCAGAUGCACAAGAGAAGAAUGGCAGAGAAGAACAAAAUAAAAACUGGUGAUGUUGAGUCGCCCAUAAUGGCAGAUGUGCUGUCUUCUCCACUCACAGCAAGUGUCGAGCCUGCUCACAAAAGAAGCCAAAGAUCAUAG